AGAUUGGCACCCUCAAGAUUCUAAUAGCAAACCAAACAAUGACUAAAUUUAUCACAUCACCAAAAGUUCUGGUGAACAUCAAUCAAAUAAGCAUAUAUAGGGGAACCCUCGAGGGAAUAUCCCUCGUUUACUUAAAAAAAUCAAAAAAAAAAUCCAAAUAGUUAUGAAAAAAUCUAGAAAAAUUUAACAAUACUUAUACAACACUCUAUUCAACUCCACAAAAUCUUAGAUCAAAACUCAACUCACACAACGAGAUUAAAAAAACAAAUUUAACAUAUGAAUAGUACCAUAUAUUGUUCACAUUUGAAUAUGUCUUUUUAGUUUCUUGGUGUGUAGAUCGAAUUUGAACUUAAUUUUUUAUGAACCAAUAGAUAUAACUAUACUCUACAUUUAAUUUUUAUAGGCUUUUUUUAUAAUUAUUUGUAUCAAAUUUAGAAGAAAAAUAUACGAGGGGACGUCCCACCCAGGAUUAAAAUCCACUCCCUAUGUAUACAGCCCUCUAUAGAAGCAGCUAUAGAGCUGGUUAGGGUGGUAUACGUCAUUACAUUUACACCCCACCGCUCUUCCUUCUCCUCUGUAUGCAUCUCACCGUGGCGGCGUUGCGUAUCAGCGUAUGCCAAGCUAGUACUACCUGCUACUAUCCAAUUUCUCUACUAGAGCCCCGUCUCGAUCACUUGAUCACGUCCACGUAAGUCACCAUGGGCUUCGGCGUCAUCCCGCUGAUGGAGUACAUCGCCCGCCGCGCCUUCCUCGCCGCCGGCCUCCGCCCCAGCACCGUCACGCUCCCCUCCACCUCCGGCGACGGUGAGGCCCGGACCAUCCACUACUGGGCGCCGCCGGGGGAGCCGCGCCUCCCGCCGCUCCUCCUCAUCCACGGCUUUGGCCCCAUGGCGACGUGGCAGUGGCGGCGCCAGGUGGGCCCCUUCUCCCGCCGCUUCCACAUCAUCGUCCCGGACCUCCUCUGCUUCGGCGCCUCCUCCUCCUCCUCCUCCCCGCCGCCGUCCGAGUCGGCGCAGGCCGCCGCGCUGCUCGACGCGCUCCCGGCGCUCGUGGGGACGGCGGCGCGCGUCGCCGUGGCCGGCACCAGCUACGGCGGGUUCGUGGCCUACGCCAUGGCGCGCAAGGCGGGGCCCGAGAGGGUCGGCCCCGUGGCGAUAUCCAACUCCGAUUUGCUCAAGACGGCGGAGGACGACGGCGCGUUCCUCGAGCGCGCCGGCAGCGGGUGGACGCACCCGGCCGACGUGCUCAUGCCGCUGGACGCGCGCGGAGCUCGCCGGCUCAUGGAGCUGACCUUCUACCGGAAGCAGGCCGGCGCCAUGCUACCGGACUUCGUGAUCCGAGACAUCAUGAAGAAACUUUUUUCGGACAAGAGGGAAGAGAAGAUCGAGCUUAUGAAUGCUACAACUGUGGGCACGGAUGCAUUCCAGCUUACACCAUUGGCUCAGGAUGUAUUGCUUAUCUGGGGAGACCAUGAUCAGAUAUUCCCCUUGGAUAAGGCAUUUGCUGUCAAGAGCUGCUUGGGAGAUCAUGUUAGAUUGGAGAUCAUCAAGAAGACAGGCCACGUGCCUCAAAUGGAGGACCCGGAUCGGUUCAACAAGAUCGUGUUGGACUUCUUGCUUGGAUCUCAAGGUUCCCCUUCAAACGAGCAUUAGAUACAUAUGGUCGACUGGUUUGAUUCAGCUUUGCAGAAAACCCAUGACCCUUAAAAAUACAAGAAAAGAAUUUUGGGGGGGAGGGGCACGCUUGAAGUGUGAUGUACGAUGUUAAUAGCCUAAUAACAACUCCAAAAUCAAAUUCACUGGAUGCAUACAGAAUAAAAA